GUGGAAGGCGGCCCGCGGCGGCGGCUGCGGCGCAGGGCAGCCGGGCCGGACAGGCUGGAGGCCACGCGGAGCGCACAGGCCAUGGAGGACUCGGACGACGAGGAGGAGGUGACGGCGGACACGCUGCGGGGCAGGACGCGCCCGCCGCCCCUGGCCGCGCUCUCGGCCUUCAGCUACAUCCCGCCGCGGCGCCUGGACUCCAAGGAGCACAGUUACUACUCGCGCCAGGGCCAGCCAGGGCUGCUCUCCCUCUACGACAGCCUGUUCAAGACAGAGCCCGGCUACAACCAGCACCUGCACCGGGAUGACAGGGCGCACGCCAAGAGCCUGGGGCUGCACGUGAACGACGAGGAGCAGGAGCGCACGGUGGGGGUGCUGUCCUCCACCGUCUACGGGCAGCGCAUCAACCAGCUCCUGGAGCCGCCGAACCGCGACCACCGGCGCAUCAGGCACACCAAGGCCGACUUCUACCGCAAAAACGAGAUCCCGGGCCUGCGGGAACCGGGCUUCGGCCACGUGGAACCCGCCUGAGCGCAGGCCUGGCCGCGGCCCCGCAGGGUGUGGCCAGGGCCAGGGACCGCGCCAGCCCGGCCCCGGCCACGCCCCGGCCACGCCCCUCGGUGAAGGCCACGCCCCGUGCAGGCCCCCCAAGUCUGACCACGCCCUGUCUGGAAGGCCACGCCCCUCCCAGCCCUUGCUCUGGCCACGCCCCUGCCACGCCCCUUCACGGAAGGCCGCGCCCCACCCUGAUCUGGCCCCGCCCCAGACUCUUAGCCCCGCCCCUUCACUCCCCGCCCCUUGCAGACUGUGGCUUUAGGUUGUCCCCGCCCAGUCCCUGUCCUUCCUCAUCCCCCCUCCCCCACAGUAGUCUCAUCCAGAGGCGGUCGUGGGAGGGCCGGGGCAGAAGUGGCUCACCCCCAGCCCCCUUUGCGGAGAGGUGCUCCUGGUCUCCACCGGGAACCCUUCCUUGGCGACAAAUAAAGGGCUCUCUGUUUUCA